AUGCUCAUCGGCGAAUUCGCCCGGUUUCUUCCCUCACCGGCAUACGGAACUCCGGAAACUCAACAAUUGACUGCAAAGAUGAUGUCACCGAACCAAAAUCUUGAAGAUCGUGGAGCUUUUUCACAGUCGCCUAAUUUUAGGCAGACGCCAUUGCAGAUCAUUCACCUUAUUGGCAACUUUAUGAGGAUAUGGUCGGUCUAUUCUAUGUAUCAUUACUUGUCACAGACCGGGGCUUCGGUAGUGCUUUUCAUUUUUAGCUGUCUGGUUCCGGCGUGCCUCCUGUUUUUGGUCCUGCAAAAACCCUGGAAGGGCAGGCCACUCUCCAAUGCUCAGGUGAUACCUUCUGUUAUAAAUGGUGGUCUAACAGCUUUGUAUUUUAUAUUAUGGGGAAAGGGCUUACAAUCCUGUGGACCUCUUCGGAUCAUCCUAGCUGAAUAUUCUGGUGCCGUUCUUGGGGUCUUAUCUGGAGUACUGUAUGGGAGGAGAGGCCACUUGUGGAAAAAGGUGGGUGGGCUUGUUGCAAUGAUGGCUUCGUUUUAUUUCUUGUCUCAAGGAUGUGAGAAUCCUGAGUCUGAGCUUAGGACGGAGCAAGUUUUUGGAAUCAGGGAAAUAAUUGUGCCCAUUGUUGCUGGAGUCUUAUCAGCACUUAGAAGAGUGAUUGCAAGGCGAGUCUCACUCAAGAAUCAACUUAAGAGACGACUUCAUGCGAUUACAAUCACUUCUGCUACUUGUUUUCUCUUCCCUGUGGCUAUGUGGGACAUGAUCAUUGGGUCAACCAAUGUAGAAUUGCCAUUUUCUGCGUGGCCCUUUUUAAGCACCAUCCUCUUCGGAAUAAUUUUGAUAUUCUAUGUUGACAGUAUUGCAGAGGAAAGAUUACAUAUGGUGUUCUCUUCUCCAAGGCAUUUACUGGUCGCGGGAGCAUGCAUCAUUCUAAUGGAAAAAGUGUACCAAAUGGACUUCUCGCUUGUGGGCUUUCUUAUAUGUGCGGCCAUUUUGGGUUUUGGAAUUCAUGAAGCAACUUCAUUGGAUAGAACUCGCAAGGAUUCUCUCGCGAAAGCAGAAUCAAAUGGAUUUUUUGAUGAUCGAGUGGAGAUGUCUCCUCUUCCUACAUGA